AUGCAAUCUUUAUUACUUGCUACAAUUGAUGACUACGAACAAGCAAUAAAUUCUCCUAUUGCUUCUGAGUUUAAAUUUCCUAGUUUAAACGAUUUUUGUACAAGGGAGUUAAAUGAUUUAAUUUCUAAACUUCAUCAAAAAUUAUCUGAAAAAGUUAUAGAAGGAGGAUGUGAAGUUUCUUUUAGCAUACAAACAAAACAAAUUGGUUUUGAAAUGUGGUACUUUUUAUCAGCAAUAAUUCUUGAUAGAAAUUUUGUUCAAGAAACAUAUUUAGUCAACGUAUCUAACUUCACACGAAUAACAAAUGAAUUAAUUUUAAAAAUCACAACAGAGAUAUUCCCAUCACUUCCUAGGGAUACGUUUGUAUCAAUUCAUGAACCAAAAACGUUAAAUACAGUUAUGAAAUUUCAAGACGAUAAAUACGUAGUUAUUGAUAAUUGUAACAUUUUUGCUGCAAUUAACUGUACACAGUAUCAUAACCUUUCAUCAUUUUUUAAAGAACUCUUUGUUUUUGCUAAACAAAUAAACAAUCAAAUAAAUUCUUCUAAACAGAAAUCACUUUUUCUUAAAAACACAGGAAAUGAAAAAAUAUUUACCAAAGAAACUUGUUCCAUUAAAAAACUUAGAUUCACUCAUCCACAACUAUCAUUCAGAUUCAUUGAAUGGUGUAUUUUAAAUUAUUCUGAAAUUAUUCAUCAAUGUCAAAUUCAAAACAAUGAACUUAUCGAAAAAAUGAAAUUGGUAUUUAACCAAGUUAAACCAAUAUAUGAUAUUAUUAAUGUUCUUGAUAAUACAAUUUAUUUAGAUGAAUACAUUUCCCAAUUAGAUAAUCUUAUUAAUACACAAAUAGAAAUAACACAUAAUAAUGAACUCUCAAAAGAAUUGUUUAAAUGUUUUAAUAAAGCACGUGAAAUAUGGGUUUCAUUAAAAGAAGAAAAUAAAUCAUUUUAUGAUUGCGUUUUGUUCUUCUCUCCAUCAAAAAAACGUUGUAUAAAAAAUCCAUUACAAUGUUCAUCUUUAAAUUGGAUAUUACAAAAUGUUAGCAAAGAAGAAAUUAUGGCAUACUAUAAUGAACCAAUAACACAAACAAGUAGUUUAUCAUAUUGGAAAUACCAAAUUAAUUAUACUAAUUUAAGAUUAUAUUCUAGAAAAUUUAUUGGAAUUAAAGUUCAUUCUGGUUUACUUAAUCAACAAACUAAAAAAGACUUUAUAAAAAUUUAUGACAGAGUUAUUAAAAAAAAUAACUCAAAAUUUAUUAUUUCUCAAUUAUUUGUCAUAAGGCAAAAUGCUAUAGAGUUACUUCAUAUACUUAAAGAUAAUGAAUCACCAACUCAAAGAAGAAAAUUAGUUGAUUCUAGUGAUACUGACGAUAACAAUCAAAUAAAUGAUUUAAAACAUAAAAUAAAAGAAGAAAAACAAUGUAUUAAUGAAGAAAGCCAAAGUAUUAAGGAAGAAGUAAGUGCCUUACCACCUCAAAGAUCAAUAGACGAACAAGUCCCUUUAUUCUAUCCUCAAGAAAAUGAUAAUAGUCCCUAUAGUUUUAGACAAAUAGAUGAACAUAAAGAAGAAGAUGAUAACAUUAAAGAAAAAGAAACACAGCCAAAUAACUCAAUCGAAAAUCUUGACCUUGACAUAGAAGAACAAAGACCAAAAUCAAUACUUCCAAGAAAUAGAUUUUUUAAUUAA